GAACAAUACUGAACUUCCUGAAUCAUCAUUUGAAAAUCUUGCUUCAGCCUCUCAUCUUCCAACUAUUGUUAUUAUUCUUUUCUUCAAUUCCAGAUUCCAGCUUUUCUCAUUCACAACACUCUUUAGGGUCCCAAAACCCAUUUACUCACUCUUCAUUGCAUUGUCUUCAACAGGCAAUGUAAACAUGAGUGUUUGCUUUUCUACUAGUCAAUCUUCAAUAAAUGCUGUUGUCCUGAAAGGUCGUUCUCCACUGCUGAUGAGCAGUAACAUUCAUGGACUUUGGUCCCGCGGAAUAUCCUCUUCACUUCCUUCUAGUUCAUUUCCUGGGGAGUCAGAGAUAAAUCAUGAUUUUUCUGUUUGCACAAAAUUGUCUUGUUCAACGGUUAUGGGCCAAACAAUUAGAGGAGGCUUCCUUCGAUCAUGCUGCUCCAAGCAAAGGGGAAAUACUCGAUUCUUUAGUUCUGUAGUACCUCGGAAGAGGUAUCAUGAAAUUUCACUGGCAUGCCAAAGUAUGAAUAUGAGGCUUUUGUUACCCAAACAAAAAUUGCUGCACAAAGUUAAGUGUAAUUUUGGUCCAGUAAGUUGGCUGCGGGGAUGUGCUUCAGUUGGCUUGAUUUUUGGGUUACUUGUAUGUAGUUCUAGUAGUGAGCCUGCUCAUGCCGAAUCACAUUCUGAAAAUGAAAAUAGGAAAGAUGACUGCAACAACUAUGAGUCAAAUGUUAAAUUCUCACAUGGGAAGAAAGUUUAUAGUGACUAUUCUGUAAUUGGAAUACCAGGGGAUGGAAGAUGUUUAUUCCGCUCUGUUGCUCGAGGGGCCUGUUUGAGGUCUGGAAAGCCUCCUCCGAGUGAAAGCAUCCAAAGGGAGCUGGCGGAUGAUUUACGAGCCAGAGUUGCUGAUGAGUUUGUCAAAAGAAGGGAAGAAACUGAAUGGUUUAUUGAAGGUGAUUUUGAUACAUAUAUUUCACACAUAAGGAAGCCUCACGUGUGGGGAGGUGAACCAGAAUUGUUCAUUGCAUCACAUGUUUUGCAGAUGCCUAUCACUGUAUACAUGUAUGAUAAGGAGGCUGGUGGCUUGAUAUCAAUUGCCGAGUAUGGCCAAGAAUACGGCAAAGAAAACCCAAUUAGAGUUCUCUACCACGGGUUUGGUCAUUAUGAUGCCCUUGAUAUCCCUACAAGGAAGGGUCCUAAGCCACGUCUGUAGCAUUUCAUAUUCAAAAA